AUGAUCAUCUGUAGUCGAUGCAAAAGAAAGAGAUUUUUGGGGAUAACCGAUAAAAAUGAUGAUGAUUUAAGUACAUAUCAAACAUGUCAACCAUGUCGUGAUAAACUCAAAGAAUAUCGACGCACAUACACAAACCGCAAAAGACAAAAACUAGAGAAUCUUAGAAAUCAACAUGAUGACCGUUCGAAAGUGCUUCUGAGGUCUACACAUGAACACAAAAGGAAAGUAAACAAAUUAUACACCGAUUUUGAAGCCGUUUUAAACAAAGUUUAUAACCAUGUUAAAAUUGAUGAUCUUGAUAUGAACUUUACUUUAAGAAUACCUGAAUUUUGCAUUCCCAAACCAAACAAGCAGAUAGAAUGUGGGUACGAGGAACAAUCAAACCUGCUUGAACAACAAGUUGAACUCGAUGAAAAUUUUAAAUCGGAACUGACUAAAUCUCUUGAAACACAUUAUGUAGAUAGGAUAAUUCAUGUUUUGGGCAUUUGCGGUUACAAUUUCAAGUUUUAUGUAUCCUCAUGGAAAAACGGGAAAUACUAUGCAACAUAUAAAUGCAUUGCAGACAAACUAGCCAUGAAACGAUUUGGUGUCUCUGAGCCCUCCCUUAAGAUUGACAUAGAAGGGAGGAAUAGCACAGAGGGGAAAGAAAGUACACUCAAACAACAAGUGUUAGGUUGGAUAACGCCAUUGGAAGAUUCGGACUCAUUUGACUUGAAUCUUAAUGUUAGAAAUGAGGAUGUUGGUUUACAAUUGAUACAAACGUACGGCUAUCAUUGUCAAUCUCAAUUAAGUUUUAUUGCUGACUAUACUAAUCUUGAGUUAACUUUUAAGUUCAAACACCAAUUUCAUAGGUCAGAACUAAAGAAACCUGUACACGAAAACAAGCCGGCUAGAGAAAAAAAACCUUUCUCAGAGAUAAGUAAACACAUAGACCCGGCUGACUUCUCUGAAAAACUAGAUAUACUGCAUAGUAAAUUGAAGCAUUGA